AUGUCUUCAAUCACAGGAGACCUUCAGCAGAACCAGAUUGUUAAGCUGGACAGACUCAGGAAACCCAGAAGAAAGCACAAAAAUUCCAAACUAGAGAAAGAAAACUUUAUUGAGGAAAAGAAAAAGCAAAAAGCAUUGUUCAAUAGUUCAUCUCCAAGUUCGCCUAAUUCAGCUAGCUCAACAACUUCUCCAUCCAAAUCUUCAAAAUCGUCAAAUUCACAAGAUACAUCCUCAACAAAUGUUGAUGUUGUUAAAUUAAACUUAAUACGGCAUGAGGUUCCAACAAUUUUAAAAUCUCAAAUGAUUAAAUUCUUUGGAGAACCUGAAUCAUCGUUUCAAGGUCGUGUUUUCUAUACUUCUUUGAUCAAUAAAUCUUAUUUUAAUUUCAAUGAUUCAUUUAAUAGCCAUUUUUGUUUGGUAUCAUAUUGGUUAAUGAUCCAAUUGAAAAGAAAAUAUGAAAAAAUUGAAUAUUUAAAUUCUAAUAUUGAUGAAUCAGAUAUAAAUUUUUUAAAAGAAUUUACUUAUAAGAAUAAAUCCAAAUGUUUGAUCCAUUUAAGACAAAUUGUUUUAAAAGUUAUUGAAGCACAAGAUCAAAAAGAUUUUAGAAAAGCUUUACAAUUAUAUUCGGAAAUUACAAUCCCAACAGUUUGUCUUGAGAGUUUAGAUUUGUUAAGUAAAAGUUCAUUGAAAAGUUAUUAUAUUGAUGGUUCAUUAACAGUCUUAAAAGAAUUACAUUCGAGUACAACAGAUUCUUCACCAUUUGCCAAAUUUGUUAUUGAAUCUUUAGAGCAUAUUAUUUCGGCAUUAUUUAUUCCUUCUUAUAAUUUUGAUGUAUUGUUUGAAGUUUAUGAAGUCAUUAAAGAUUAUAAAUUUCAUAUUGAUCAAUCUAAUGAUAGUUUAUUAUCAUUACAUUAUGAUAAAUUAAUUGAGUUUAUUGAAACAUAUUUGAUUAAUAGUGAAGUUAGGUUCAAAUAUAAUGAAGAAUAUAUUACAGAUUAUCCAGCAGGUUUGAUGUACGAAAUUUAUUUUAGGUUUAACAGUAUUUUACCAAGUGAGACAUUUUGUAUCAACUAUAUGAGUUCUCAUAUACACAAGAUUUUUUAUUCUUUUUAUUAUAUGCUUGCAAGAGUAUUAGAUAGUGUUUUCCCAGAAUCAAGAUAUUUAUCACAACAUCGAUUUAUUGGUCCAACUACAUUUUAUCCAUUCACUAAAAGUGAUUUAACAGAUGAUUUACCAAAUAAAGAUUUAUUAUUUUUUGCAAGUUAUUCAUUAAGAUUAACUAGUUUUUUCACAAGGAGAGUUGAUUUUUUCAGUAAAUUUAUGAAAAUAUUAAAUCCAUUUCCAAGAGAAUUACCAAAGAAUAGAUUUCAAUCAAGAAAAACUCAAAAAAUUAGAGAGGUUCAAAUAUCUAAUUUCAAAAAUACAAUAAUUCGUCAAUGGAAUUAUCCAAAAGCUGAUAAGGAGAAUUCAAUUGAUAAUAAUAAUUCUUUAUCUACUUCAAAUAAUGAUAGUCCUUCAUCAAGUGGAUCUUUUUCAACAAAUUUUAGUGCUUUAAUAUCAGUGGAUAAUAUGAGUGAUGAUUUAACAGAAUUUGGUUUUAAUGAACAUUUGUUUUUGAAUGAAGAAGUUCGAUUUGAAGAUAUUUCAGAUUCAGGUUUAUUAGUUCAAGAUUAUGAUCCUAUUUUCAAAGAAUGGUCAGGAUUUGCAACUGCAAAACCUUAUAAACCAAAUAUUUCAAUUAUGAAUAAUUUAGAAGAUCGUGCAAAGUUAAUGAAUGAAUUUUCGCAACAAUCUUGGAAUUGA